AUGUAAAAACUUCAAGGUGAGCCAGUGCAUAGGAACACACAAUGUAGUUAUAAAACUGUGUAACGCAGUCAUGUCGCGAAGUAUUGCCCGGGCAACUUCUGAAUUGACGACAUCAACCAACAGUACAGCAGCAAAGUUCUCCAACAGCCGCUACAAUGUCACCCAUCACAGCAGAGGAGCAGUUAUCAAAGAAUAACAAAUUGAAGAAAGAGAAUAUCGAAUAUCUGAGGGACUGGAUGUCGAAGCAGCCGCAUCUGCCCAGCGGAGUCACAGACGAACAACUCAUCCUGUUCCUGAACUGCUGUAAGCACAGUCUGGAGGCCUGCAAGCAAACUAUCGAAAUGUACUACACAAUUCGCACUCACGCGCCAGAGUUGUUUGCAAACCGGGACACUAGGCGAAGAGAGUUACAGCAGGCACUGUCCAUAAUUGAAAUUGUGGCAAUGCCUAAGAGAGAUCAGCACGGAAAUUUGGUGAUGGCUGGUCGUGUGGUGGACAACAACGUAUCCAAAUUUUCAUACGAAGAAACCACCAAGGCUUGGUUCAUGCUACAAGACGUGAUACUCCUUGAAGAGGGCGCGAUUCCUGGCUUCGUAUUUGUAUUAGAUGCUAGUAGUGCCGGCAUGGGACACUUAGCCAGAACAAGCCUUUCGACUGUUAAGAAAUACUACAUGUACAUACAGGAAGCAUUCCCUGGCAUCGUGAUCGCGAACCACAUGGUGAACGCGGGUCCUGUCAUCGAGGCAUUCAUAAACAUAGGAAAACCAUUCAUGAAUAAGGAACUCGCCAGUAAGAUUUUUAUCCAUUCGUCCUUCGACACAUUACAUGAACACGUCACAAAAGAUGCGCUACCCAAAGAAUUUGGGGGAAAUCUGGACUCCUUAUCAUCAUAUUCAAAAAUUACGAUGGCACAGCUCGAGAAGUACAGGGACUGGUUUAAGGAAGAGGAGGCCUUGCGAGUUGACGAGUCAAAGAGGCAGGGAAAAGCAAAGAACUCGGGUGACGUAUUCGGAUUGGAAGGUUCAUUUAAGAAAUUGGACAUCGACUGAGGCGAAAGAAAUAGCCCAACCAAAGAAAGGCAUUCAUCUCUCUCAAGAACUAUUACCAACAAAGACCAUCCCUCGGCCAUUCCAGUCUAACACGGAUAUUGUUCAAACCCUUCCAUAAAAUUAACUCACAGAAACUUUUAAAAUGUGCUUUUUUUCUGAUCUCUUGUUUAAAUGCCACAUACUAAAUGUGAACUUCAAGCCUGCGUUGUAAAAUAUAUUAUGGGCAAGCAGUUUUAAAAGAUUCAGUGUUUGAUGUUUAAGCCAGUCGUCAUACCUAUAGCACGACUGUCACUUCAGCGGGUAUAAUUUAAAAAUAUGUUUUAUGCAUUUUGUAGAUCACUCACCAUUAUAAGGUUUGAAGUACAUUCGCUCAAUAACUGUAAAUGUUUCACUGAUAUGAUAAUAAAUGAAUGGAGUAUUUUAUCUGCAA